AUGAGAGUAAAUUAAGAUAUUAUUGCAGUUAAUGCUGAUAAUUAUUUAAUGGUAAUUGAUGUAAAAAAGAGAAUAUUACUCAAUAAAUGUGCCCUUUAAAACUACUCAUGCAUAUAUCCCUUGAAAGAAUACCACUAUGAAUGGAAUCCAUUUGCCAUUAUAAAAGACAGCGAUUGCCUUGCCUCAAUCUUAUGGAAAAGAUCAAUACAAAAAGGCAGACAUUAUUUGCUUAAGAGAAAACUUGAACCCUAUUUUACCAUCCAUUAGUUGGAUACAAUGCUUUUGUAACAUAAUUGUGGUAUCAACCAUUGA